CUCGCCGCCUCUGCCCUCGCGCAGAACAUUGCGAUCGGCGCCCCCGUCGCCCUCGACUCCGUCCCUGCCGGGACCAACCUCACCGUGCAAGUCAACCGUCCCGACUCCCUGACGGGCUCGACCGAGGUUGGCAUCGCCAUCGCCCUCAAGUCGUGCGCGGGCUACACCAACGGCUGCGCGGACAUCGACGUCACCCAGGCGCUCGGCGACGUCCUCUACGUAGGCGGGUACGACCCCGAGUUCCGUGCCGGCGGCUGGUACCCGUACCAGAACUUCACCGUGCAGGUGCCCGCGGGCUUCUCCACCGGCCAGGCCAUCCUCAGCGUGACGCAGCUCUCGCUCGUUGGGGCUGGCCCGUUCCCCUACACGCAGACGGUCAACUCGACCGUGAGCAUC